UGGAUAUCAGUUUGUACAAGUAUAAAUUCCCUUUGUUUUAUUUUCCUUUUUUCUCUUUUUCUUGUUUCUCUCUACCUUAAAAAUGUCUGCUGUCUUAUCUCGUUCCGCUAAAUUGAUCAAGUCUAGUAUUCCCGGCGUUGCUGUGUUGGCACCUGUCACUACUAGCGAAGCUGAAAUUCUUUCUCCUCAAGCAUUGCAGUUUGUUGCUACUCUCCACCGUAUCUUUAACCCCACCCGUAAGACAUUGAUGCAAAAGCGUGUGUUGCGCCAGCAAGAGCUGGAUCGCGGUGUUCUCCCUAAUUUUUUGCCCGAAACAGCUUAUAUUCGUAAUGAUCCCAACUGGCGUGCCGCCCCUCCUGCUCCUGGCCUUCAAGACCGCCGUGUUGAAAUUACUGGUCCAGUUGACCGUAAGAUGGUCAUUAAUGCAUCAAACUCGGGUGCUUAUACUUUUAUGGCUGAUUUUGAAGAUUCUACUUCACCUACUUGGGAAAACAUCAUUAGUGGUCAAGUGAACUUGAGAGAUGCUGUUCGUGAGACUAUUGAGUUUACUAAUCCUAACGGCAAGAAAUACGCUCUUCGCAAAGAUGGCAAAAUCGCCACACUUCUUGUUAGACCUAGAGGUUGGCAUAUGGUUGAAAAGCAUUUCCUUGUGGAUGGUGAGCCUUGUUCUGCCUCUAUUUUUGAUUUCGCUCUUUACUUCUUCCACAAUGCAAAGGAACUCGUCAAGCGUGGCAAGGGUCCUUACUUUUACUUGCCCAAGAUGGAAUCUCAUCUGGAAGCAAGACUUUGGAACGAUAUCUUCAAUGUAUCUCAAGACAUGCUUAACAUUCCCCGUGGUACAAUCCGUGGUACCGUCUUGAUUGAAACACUUCUUGCCGCUUUCGAAAUGGACGAAAUCAUCUACGAACUCCGUGAUCAUUCUUCUGGUUUGAACUGUGGUCGUUGGGAUUAUAUCUUCUCCUUCAUCAAGAAGCUUCGUAAUCAUCCCCAAUUCGUCUUGCCUCAACGUUCUCAAGUCACCAUGACUGUACCCUUCAUGGACGCCUAUGUUCGCUUAUUGAUUCAAACUUGUCACAAGCGUGGUGUGCACGCUAUGGGUGGUAUGGCUGCUCAAAUUCCCAUCAAGAACAAUGCUGAAGCCAACAAAGCUGCCAUGGACAAGGUCCGUAGCGAUAAGUUGCGUGAAGUCACUGCUGGUCAUGAUGGUACUUGGGUUGCUCACCCUGACCUUGUCAAGAUUGCUCUUGAUAUCUUUAAUGAACACAUGCCUCAACCCAACCAACUUCAUAUCCGCCGUGAUGAUGUCAAAGUUACUGCUACUGACUUGAUUGAUAUCAACUUUAAGGGCACCAUUACUGAAGACUCUAUCCGUGAAAACAUUCAAAUUGGUUUGGCUUAUAUGGAAGCCUGGUUAAGAGGUGUUGGCUGUGUUCCUAUUUUCAAUUUAAUGGAAGAUUUGGCUACUUAUGAAAUUUCUCGAUCUCAACUGUAUCAAUGGGUCCAUCACCAAGUCCGUACAGACCAAGGCAAGACAGUUACCGGCCAAUAUGUUGCUCAAAUAUUGGAUGAAGAAACUGACAAGAUUCGCAAGAACCUUGGUGCUGAUAAAUUCAAACAAAGCAAGUAUGAAGCUGCUAAGAAGGCAUUCGCUACUAAUGUUACUGGUGAACGCUAUGAUGAUUUCCUUCCCGAUUUGCUUUAUGAUGACAUUGUCUCCACUAGUACUCAAGCUAAAUUGUAAAAAAAAAAAUCUCUCAAUAUCCCCUUUUCUCUUUUCUUUAUCCUUUUGUACUUAAUUAUAGCUAUUGCAUAUAUACAUACAUGAAAUAAAAAAGCGUUUUUUGUCUGUAAAAA